CCUAAUGUCCACCACACGCCCUCCCAAAGCUACUCCCUGAGCUCACUAUUGCAGAUUCUUACAACAGAGUUUGUUCCAUUUCUACUUUCAAAUUCCAUGGCAAAACCUUAGCCAUAGUUACAAAGAUAUCCCUGAAAAUGCUUCAAACUCACAUUAACAUUUUCUCACCCUUCACCGCCGCACUCCACUCAAAGCAACUCCGUUCCUCGCGUGUCUGUUCCUCCUCCGCUCCGGUACGCCGUCGUGUUGCAACCACCACAACUCCUGGCGAGGUCAAUCUCCGGCGCCUCACUUCGCGCAUUGUUCAACUCACCCGCAGGAAACAGCUUCGGCAGAUUUUGGAUGAGAUCGAGGUUGCGAAGAGGCAGUUCGGGAAGCUGAACACGAUUGUGAUGAACGCGGUGCUGGAGGCUUGUGUCCGUUGCGGUGAUAUCGAUUCAGCUAUUAGGAUAUUCGUAGAGAUGAAAAAGGGCGAUGGUUGUGGUGUGGAUACUGUCACCUAUGCCACACUUUUGAAGGGGUUAGGUGAGGCACGGAGGGUCGACGAGGCUUUUGAAAUGCUUGAAACUGUAGAAAAUGGCACUGCCAUGGGAAGUCCAAACUUGUCAGCUCCAUUGAUAUUUGGUCUGCUAAAUGCCUUAAUCAAAGCAGGAGACUUGCGUCGUGCACAUGGUCUCCUUGCCCGAUAUGGUUUUGUGUUUCAAGAAGGUGGCAAAUUUUCAGUAUCAGUAUACAACAUACUAAUUAAGGGCUACGUAAACUCAGGUUAUCCGCACACUGCAAUAAACAUGCUGAAUGAAAUUUUACGUCAAGGUAUAAUGCCAGACAGGCUCACAUAUAACACACUAAUUCUAGCAUGCGUUGAGAGUGGAAAGUUGGACACUGCAAUGCAAUUUUUUGAGGAAAUGAAGGGGAGAGCACAGAAAUUUGUCAAUGAUGAUAUGUUUCCGGAUAUUGUUACAUAUACGACAUUGCUUAAGGGUUUUGGGAUGGCAAAGGAUCUUACUUCAGUUCUAAAAAUAGUUCUUGAAAUGAAAUCUCGUUCAGAAUUAUACAUUGAUAGAACGGCUUACACUGCUAUAGUUGAUGCUUUUCUAACAUGUGGCUCAGUUAAAGGUGCUCUUUGUGUUUUUGGAGAAAUAUUGAAGCAGGCUGGUUUGAAUCCAGAGUUGAGGCCAAAGCCUCACCUCUAUCUAUCCAUGAUGCGUGCCUUUGCUUUUCUAGGAGAUUAUGAUCUAGUUAAAAUUUUGCAUAAACGGAUUUGGCCAGAUUCAUCAGGAACCAUAUUGUUAGUAGCUCAAGAAGAAGCUGAUCACCUUCUAAUGGAAGCAGCACUCAAUGCUGGCCAGAUCAAUGUUGCCAUUAAAACACUUGCUGAGAUAAUUUCAAGAUGGAAGGGCAUAUCCUGGACAAGUCGUGGAGGCAUGGUAGCUUAUCGCAUUGAGGCCGUGUUGGGAUUCUCAAAGUCUUUGUUCAGUCCCUACUUACUUCCUCAGGUUUUACCUUCUCAACCGAUUGAGAACUAUAUGAUACGAUUUGAUGCGACACGGCCACUACAAGGUACCAUAAAGCUGAGGAAGGUGGUUAUGCGUUUCUUUGAUGAAGCAGUUGUUCCUGUUGUGGAUGAGUGGGGUAGCUGUAUAGGGCUGUUACACCGUGAAGAUUGCAAGCAGUUGGAUGCCCCACUUUCAACUAUGAUGAGAAGCCCUCCUCCCAGUGUUACGAGUUCAACAUCUGUUGGUCAUGUAGUUGAUUUAAUUUUAGAGAAGCGAUACCCUAUGGUUGUCAUUGUAAAUUACACGAACUCAUUUGCUACUCCUCCAUAUAACUCUAGAGCAGUUGGAGUUUUUACACCACAACAAUUAAGUAGGUUUAUCACACCAGUAUCUCAAGUAAAAUGGACUGACCUUUGUGAAAGGUAAAUAUAACAUGUUUAGCUUUUACGAAAAUCUCUGAUUUAAAUAAGUUUUUUAGUACAAGUACAUACGAACUGAAAUUGCCUCGUGAUGUUUUUCCCUGCAUGUCUGCGUACAUAUGAUUUAUGUGAGAGGCUGUUUUUUGAGUGGGUAAAGCUGAUUCAGAACUUGUUGCUUUAUGUCAGACCUCAUUAAAAAUGCACUCAAAAUCACUCUAAGCGGACGCCAGGUGUCAAGCGAAGGAAAUCUGGAAAUCAGAAAGUGGGAGACAGGUGUGGGCAGCGAAGUGGCCGUUCGUCCUUGAUGGUGGUAGCAAAGGCACCGCUGGAGCACUGUCGGCGUCAAGAGCUUCCAAUUGAAUCGAUCAGUUUUUGGUUCUGAAACUGUUUGUAAGGGGUGAUCGUCGAACUCUAAGAUUUCAGUAGUGAGGAGAUAUAUUUCUGCAUUAUUGAACGUUCGGCAACACUUAGAGGUGCAUUGUUGAACGUUCGGUCACGCUUAGAGAAGGAGACGAGCUGCUGGAAGAAGCGCUUGAAGAAGAAAAUUUAGUUGAGGUAGAAAUUAAGACCGAACAGUAGAACCGUUCGGUAAUUAUUAGUUUAGUUUUAAGAUGAUCGUUUGAUCAUCUUUUCCUUCUUAUUUUGUAGGACCGUUCUGUAUAGCCUUUUGUAAACCAUUCAGUUAGGUUUGUUUAUGUUGUUCGGUUUUAGUUUUCUUGUUUCUCUGUAAGGUCGUUCGGCCACAAGCGUACGUUCUUUAUUUUGUAAGAUUGAUCUGUAAUAUUAAUCGAUGUGAGUAUUCUAUUAUAUAGUUUUUACACUGUAUUUUGGGAUGUUA